ACUCACGAAGAAGAAAAGCUUUUUCCGCUUUCCUCAAAUGACGUAACGUCCUUUCUGUCUGUGCCAGCCUCGUAGUGAACACGCGUUGUCCGUCUUAGCUCAAGAUGCGUUACGUUGCCGCUUACCUGCUCGCUGCCCUCGGUGGCAACGGGAAUCCAGAGGCCAAGGACAUCAAGAAGAUCCUGGAGAGCGUCGGCAUUGAGGCUGAUGACACCCGGAUGAACAAGGUCAUCUCAGAACUCAAAGGGAAGAAUGUCGAUGAGGUUAUUGCCACUGGUUACGGCAAGCUGGCCAGCGUACCAGCAGGUGGCGCUGUAGCUGUUGCCAGCUCUGCUAGUGCUGGCUCAGGUGGAGCUGCUGCUCCUGCUGCAGCUGCUGCUGAAGAGAAGAAGGAAGAGAAGAAAGAAGAGUCUGAGGAGUCUGAUGACGACAUGGGAUUCGGCCUCUUUGACUAAACUUUUUUAAGUCAUAAAUAAAGUUUUUGAAAACUGAAAAUGUU